CAGCGUCAGUGAUAUCAGCCAACCGGCACCGAGUGAAGACGAAAAUGCCCCUGAAAACUCUUGUCGCAGUCCUGGUCUUGGCCGUGGUCGUGAGCGUCGUCUCCGGCAAGCCGACGACGUCCCCUAGUGAAACCCAGAGCCCUACAGUCAUGUGCAAGCUCCCCGAGGCUCGAGGACACUGCCGGGCGCUUCUACCCCGGUGGAGAUACGACCCCUCGACGGGGAAGUGCCACGAGUUCAAAUUCGGGGGGUGCGACGGUAACGGGAACAAUUUCCUCACCCAGAAGGUCUGCAUGAGCGUGUGUGGAGGGGUCUGAGGAGGAGCGGCGAGGAGCGAAAUCAGUAUUAGACGGGUGGUUGAUUUUAUGUGUUCUGUAACGUAAAUUAUUUAUUGUGAUAAUUAAAGAUUACAAAGUAGGUUA